AUGUGGAAGCUUGACCGCAGGAGGAGGAGGAGGUGGUGGUGGUGGAAGCAGAAGAAGAGGAGAAAAGCGGGCAACACCGUUGUCUGCCGAUGGGAAGCGUAUACCGAAGGUUCGGGCGAAGCUUUCCACACUACGGCCGUUGGGGGAUCAAAUUCUCCGAGAGCCCACGGUGAGGUAUGCGCGGAGAUGCAGCAGAUGAACCAGAAGGGAGACACCGGUGCGGAUCAAGGUGUCGACGAGGGGGAGAUUCACCGACCAAUGCAGGAGAGAGAAGAGAAAGGAAGAGGAGAAUCUGGUGAGAUGGGAUCGAGGCUCUGCGGUUUGGAGGCGCGAGGAGAAGAGAGCUGGACAGGGCAGCACCGACACUGGGGAUCACCGAGUAAGUGA